CCAACCAACGACAGCAGCAAGAGGAUAUGAUAUGAUAUGAUAUGACGAUAUGCUUGCGAAAGGAGAAGUGCAAAUAAAACUCUAAUUUCGUUUUCUUCAGCAAAUCCAUUCACUCAAUUCACUUCAUCUUCAUCUUCAUCUUCACUGAAUUAUAACCUCGGAUUUGAGUGGCAGAUGCGCAUGAUAAAAACAUGGCCACUCAAUCGGCACCUCCUCCCACUCCCACCGCUACCGACGAAAACCUUCGCAACCAAGGUGCUGAAACUGUGCAACCAACAAAUGUAGAUCAGCAAAAUACCAGAGAGGAGCCUGUUAAAGAGAGUUCAACUACAUCAGUCUUUGUGAACUCACAACCGUUGCGGGAAGAACAAGUUCAGAAUGCUGUAAAAUUUCUAUCACACCCAAAAGUUAGAGGUUCACCUGUCAUCUACAGGCGAUCAUUUCUGGAGAAGAAGGGCCUUACGAAGGAGGAGAUUGAUGAAGCCUUCCGGCUUGUACCAGAUUCAGCUCCAACUGUGCAGACAUCUGGUGUACAGCAAGAUGGACAAUUGAAAUCAUCAUCAAACAUUCAGCAACAAGCCCAACUAGCCCAACAACAAACUCUGCAGCCGGGUUUACCUGCUUCUACUGGUGUUAAUACUUCAUCAGGAACCUUAUCACGCUCCCGAUUUCACUGGUCCCAUGCCGCUAUUGCAGUUGGAUUACUGGCUGCUUCAGGUGCUGGAACAGUUAUAAUAAUUAAGAAUUCCAUUCUUCCUCGGUUAAAAUCUUGGAUACGCAAGGUCGUCUUAGAUGAAGAAGGUGAACAAUUCAUGAAAUCUGACAAAAAACCGACAGUGGUGGAAGAAGCUGCACAAGCUGCAAAAUCAGCUGCAGCUGCAGCUGCAGAUGUGGCAAGAGCAAGCCAAGAAAUGCUGGCUUCAAAAGGUGAAGAGAGGAGAUACUUUGUGGAAGUUGUGAGCCUUUUAGAAAAGCAAGUACAAGAAAUGAAGUUAAUGACAAAUGCAAUAAGAAGAUUGGAAGGGCAAGAAGAUCUCCGAGUCAGUCAAACAAGUUCAAAGCAACUGAUUGUGAAUGGCAAGGCAGACUAUGACUCACGUUCAGUGAGAUCUUUAUCCCCACCUGCAUCUGUUGAACCAGCAAGUGCUCCUCAUCCAAAGUCGUAUAUGGAGAUAAUGGCCAUGGUCCAAAGAGGGGAGAAGCCUUCUAACAUUAGAGAUAUCAAUGAUUUAGCCCCGAACCCUAGUCAACAACCAUCAAAUCCUCGCUUAGUGCCUAGACCCAAGCCUUGGGAGGUUAGUCAGGUGCAAAACACGUCUACCCAAUUCCUUCAGUCUCAAGUAAAUGGUGAAGACUUGAAUAUCAAGGUCCAAGAUACCAUUCAAUUAAAUGGGGACGACCCAGUGCCCUUGUGGCAGAAGAAAAAUGUCAGAAUCAGAGAGAUUGAUAAUGAAAAUGAGUAUAAUGGAGCACCUCAUGGGGCUGCAUCCAGUCAGCAGCCAAUCCAACGGUUGUGGGUUCCUCCACAACCUCCCCCCAUAGUGAUGCCGGAGGCUGCAGAAGCAAUCAGACGCCCAAAGGCGGCAGUUCAAAAGGAAGAGACAUCAGAUAAUCAGCCAGUAGCUCAUUCUUCAGACAUUUCUGAUGAGGUACAUAGGAUCCCGAAACAAUCGGAAUCUGAAGGUGCAGUAGAGGGCAUUGGUGUCAGCUCAAUUCUCAGCUCUGGUGAGAUACAAGAAGACUAUGAAGUCAGGUAUGAAGAGAAAUGAAGGUGAAUCAUGAUCCAUCAUGAAAAACAAGAAGUCGGAAAUAGAACCUGAGGUAGUCCCAAAUUUUAGAUAAGCUGGAGACCAUCUUGUUUCGUGAUCGUAUUCUGUACUUGUGAAGCGGACACCAAUACAAGAUGCAAAUGGUCGUGUCUUUUUAUGAAAGAAUAUUGCAUAAAUAUGAAUGCACUAUUCUAUGUUUUAUUAUAUGUUACAAUUUAUAGUUUGAGUGCACAAAACCGAUAUGGAAUUCGAUAAUAUUAUCAUGUAUUCUUAUAUUUAAAAUACCUAAA